CUCACCCUCGCCCGCAGAAGGCGCCAGCGGUACCAGAGUGACCAGGCAGUGCCAAGGAGGAGGAACAGAAAGGAGGAGGAGGAGGGGGAGGAGGCGGAGGAGCAGAGGAAGCGGGAGCUCCCGCUCCCGCGCGUCGUUGCGAGCGCGUGCCCCGCGGGUGGCCGGUGCCCCGCGGAGGUCGGGCCGUGGCGCACCGCGGCCGAAAAUUCCUAUAGGGCAGCCGCCGCAUUGGGCGCCGCGGGUGUCGGCGGGCGGCGCAAACCCUCCAGCGCCAGGUGCCCGCGCGCGCCAGGCCCCUGCCGCGACGGCCCCGCGGCGCGCGGCCUCCGACGCCGCGCGGGCCGCGCACGGCCUCGGGCGGCCACGGCCCUCCGGCCGUGGAGAGCCCAGUAUCGAAUCGACAAAUCGG